AGCCGCACACACGCGUGUUGAACUCGUUGUGUCAGCGCGCGGGCAUACACACCGUCUAUAGCUUAUACCAGGGAGGGCUUAGCUCAACCUGCAUUUUUAUACAAUGGCGAGUGACCCUGGAAAAGAUUCGUUUCAUUCGAUCGUUACGGUUUUCUUCAACGUUUCAAACAAAACACUUGAAAUAUUUCAAUCGUAACGUGCCAUUCACAUCCAUUAAGAAGAAUUAUAAUCAUUUUUUUCCUUUUCGUAAAUAAAUAAAGUAUAAUAAAUAAGAGCGAGAACGCGCCCGUAAGAAAGGAAUAAAGUGGGAUGAGCUAAACGCGAGGACAACUGCAUCGACGAAGUCGACAAAAAACACGAGUUGCAACAUAUUUUCAUAGUCUUUCUAAUCGCUUAUGCGGAGGAAUAUGAUUGUAGUCUUAGAAAUAUCUUCACAAUUAUCGAAUCAAGUGCUGUAUUGAAAUGAUCGAUAUUUCACAGAAAAAACCGUCAGAGAGACGGGACUAAAUAGAAAGCUAAAAAAAAUCAAUCGAGACACGUAUUCACGCGAAUGUUUCGCAACCGUGACUAUGUCUGACGACGAUGCUGCACUGGGACUGGGUGACUCAAUGGAUUCGGACGAAGAUAUAUUCACCGUUCACAACCGCCAACAUGAAUCCAACAUCAGAAGGUCCAAGAGUUUACGCACACUUCGCUCCCAAUCUGGCAACAAUGCACACCGAACAAGCAAUAAUCUAAGUGUGAGACGUAGUACACGUCACAGAAUGCCAAUCUAUGACAAUCUUAAUACUAGCUGGAUCUUAGGAAAACAAACUUUGAAGGGCUAUCCAAUGUUCCAACAACAGGCUUCGUCGUCUGAGAAAGAAAUGGCUGAUGAUGUGCAAGAAAGACCUCGUGAACGUAUGCCACUAAGGUCACGAGAGAAUCAUCCACCUUCGAGUAGAAGCUCAACCAGACACAUGAGAGAUAGAACAGAGAUGAAUGGUCGCCGCAGCGACAGAAACAGAGAACUUAGGGAUAGACAAGAACAAGACAAAGGUCUGAGAGAUUUAAAUGAGAGACAAGAUAUUAAAGAAAAAAAUGGCUCAAGAAGUAAGGCUGAUAGUGUAAUUACGAACGACGAAAAAGAUGCGAGAACUCGGAAAAGUGAUAGUCCCAAUCGUACGAGGGAGGGUCCAGUUACCAGACUCUGUGGUAGUUUAACAGAAAAGGAUGUCAAGAUAAAAAGUGAGCUGAACAGCGUGAAUGCAGAAAGUUCUGACGAGAGUGAGGUACCAGAAAAUAACGAUAAUUCGGAUAAUGAAGAUGUUUGCAAUGAUGAAAAAGCUGCACAGGGCUACGAAGACAUGUACACACGUAUCAAGAGAACGAGACGUACCUCUCAGCGACAACUACAAAGGGGGAAAAAAUUGUCUGAUCAGGACAGCGACAUAAGUGAAUCCUCGGAUUCGCCGAGCCCGCGAAAAUAUAGCUUGCGUCAGAAAAAACCUACGAUCGAUCGGUUUCAAGCAAAUGUUGAACCGGUUAGACGCUCCAUCAGAGCUCUACGAAGUGUUCUUUCAAAUUCGAUGAGGCGACGUAAACACAGAAGCAAAAGCUCAAGUUCCAGUGAUUCGAGCGAGUCCGAGAAACAACGUUAUGAUAAGAAAAAGGGGAAAAAGGGCAGGCAAUCGGCGAUUCCUCAAGGUGGCCCUACUGAUCGGAAAGCCGACAUCGACCCCAUAACAUUGGACGUGAAUAUAAGUUUCAGUGAUGUUGGUGGCCUAGAAUCACAUAUUCACUGUCUUAAAGAAAUGGUUGUAUUUCCUAUGAUGUAUCCAGAUGUUUUUGAGCGAUUUCACAUUACACCACCCAAGGGCGUUCUAUUUCACGGACCACCAGGUACGGGUAAAACACUGAUCGCACGAGCUCUUGCAAAUGAGUGCAGUCAGGGGUCAAGGAAAGUGGCAUUUUUCAUGCGAAAAGGUGCCGAUUGUUUGUCAAAGUGGGUCGGUGAAUCGGAACGGCAAUUGCGGUUGUUAUUUGAGCAGGCUCAACAAUUGAAACCGUCCAUUAUAUUUUUCGACGAAAUUGACGGUCUAGCACCGGUGAGGAGUACAAAACAGGAUCAAAUUCAUGCUAGUAUAGUCUCGACACUUUUGGCACUUAUGGAUGGGCUCAGUGAUCGAGGCGAAGUUAUCGUUAUCGGAGCUACAAACAGAAUUGAUGCUAUUGAUCCUGCAUUGCGAAGGCCAGGUCGUUUUGAUCGUGAAUUAUUCUUUCCACUGCCUGCCAUGAAAGAAAGAUUGGAAAUACUUAAAAUUCACGUUAGCAAAUGGACCGACCCGCCUGGCGAACAAAUGCUGGAAUUAUUGGCCGAAAAAGCUACAGGCUAUUGCGGAUCUGAUCUCCGAGCUCUGUGCACAGAGGCUGUUCUUCAAGGCUUAAGAAGAACAUAUCCACAAAUUUAUAUGACCAGCAAACGACUUCUACUCGAUCCACAACGCGUGGAGGUGAAAAAACGCGAUUUCUUGCAAGCGAGCUCCGUUCUUGUUCCGUCUUCGCAUAGAAUUGCACCGUGCAUAAGUAAAAAACUCCAACCUUUUUUAGUACCGCUUUUGGGUCCAGCGGUCGAGGAAUUAGUGACAGCCAUCAAAUCCAUUUUUCCACAGGGUGUCAAACCCUCGUUGGCGAAAAUAAAAACUGUCAAAGGUAUACAUCGACCUCGUUUGUUGGUUGCUGGUGACGAUAUCGCUCAUAGCCAAGGACCUCGUUUGGCCCAAGCUCUCUUAUAUCGCAUGGAGCACGUACCUGUUCAGACUCUUGAUGUUAGUACGCUUUUCGCAGAAAGCGCAAGAUCGCCCGAAGAAACCUGUGUUCAAGUAUUCAACGAAGCGACAAGAAACAUACCAUCGAUAAUUUAUAUCCGGUCUAUCGACCAAUGGUGGCCUCUUGUUCCCGAAACAGUGAAAGCCGUAUUUCUUUGCCGUCUCGCCGCUCUCGAUCCUUGCAUGCCUGUUUUAAUUCUGGCAACAAGUGACGUCAAAUAUAAUGAUUUGUCACCACAGCUAAAAAAUCUCUUCAGUGAAUUACGCGGUGAAGUUUACACAAUGAAGCGUCCAACGGACGAACAACGAGCCAGCUUCUUCAAGCCAAUAUUCAUGACGCAAGCACUUAAAGCUCCAAAAAUGAGGGAGCAAACGGUACAACCUUUAGAAGAACUCCCAUUAGCGCCGGAUAUUAUGCCAAAGAAAUUGACCGAAGACGAGAAGAAGGUUUUGUACGAAAAGGAAGAAGUUUCACUUCGGGAAUUGAGAAUUUUCUUACGAGAAAUCUGCUCGAAACUUGCGCGAAAUCGACAGUUUUUCAUGUUCACCAAACCAGUAGACACGGAAGAAGUACCGGAUUACAAUCUGAUUAUAAAGAAGCCGAUGGAUCUCGAAACGAUGAUGACAAAAAUUGAUAUGCACGCUUAUUUGUGCGCAAGAGAUUUUCUCGACGACGUAGAUCUUAUUUGUCGCAAUGCCCUCGAAUACAAUCCAGAAAGCUUGCGCGAUAGGCCUUCCCCCGGAAUUUUAAAGAGAGAUCCGGCGGACAAAUUGAUACGUCAUCGAGCUUGUUCUUUGCGAGACAACGCAUACGCUCUAAUAAAAGCCGAGCUCGAUUCCGAUUUCGAGGACAAGUGUCGUGAGAUAUCGAAAAAUCGUAGAGAUAAUAACUCCAAAGAAACGGUCGAAAAAGCAGACGAUAACCGGCCAGAAGGGGCGAACGGAAAAGUUGAAAAAAAAUAUUCCACCAGCCCUGGCGGUGGGGUUGUCGUCAAUGGAAGAAAAUUCAGUAGUUCACGAAAACGCAAGAUACCCGCUUGGGCGAGAGGUUAUGUGAAAAAAGUUCAUAAGAAGAAGAAAAUCAUAUUCGAGUCUAGCACCACAACGAUCGAAACACAGACCAAAACUUCUUCGGGCGAAGCGGUCGCGAGUAUAGAUCUAGACAAGUUCCAGGAAUUUGAGACCGAAGCCCAUAACGUUUUGAACGGACACACGGAACUGUUCGAUAACACAGAUUCUGAAGACGAUUCGAUCAAUGACAAGGCUAAGGAAUCGAAAAAUUCAACCGUCGAUAAUAUUGUCGUACAAUCACCUGUUGCAACAUCCAAUGAAACCUCCAACUCGGCCGAUGCCGCAAACCUCGUAGGGGCUCAAAUUAACGAAAACUCGGCCUCGGGCUCUUCUUCGAGACGAGAAAGUACUGAUGAUCUCACGUUUGUCAUCGAAAGUGAUUCCAGUCCCUCCAAACCCGGUGAUAACGCUAAAGUUAUCAUCGACCCGGAAGAACUCGAUUCGGCUUGGCGUCAAACGGUUCAAUUCACACACGACUUUUCCGUUGAAAUAUUGUGCGAUUCGUAUGUUCAACUAAGUCGAUGCGUUGGGAAAUACUCCCACACGUACGACAGAAAAUCACUGCCAAAGGAUUUGCUCAAGGAACUGGAACGUUUCGAAAUGUAUAGGGGAACGAAGAGCUGUGAGCCGCCUGACGACGAGGUUGAGCAAGACGAAACUCUCCAUGACGUGUCCAUGUCGUCAGAAAUCUAAGAGGCUCUACGUCUCGAAGGAUUAAAAAAAAAGCGUAUUCUCGUUGUUGAUUCGGUGCUAGAACAUAGCUCGAAAAUUAAUCUAACAUACUCGUUAAAUCGUCUGCGAUCAUUUCACUGUAAACUGCCGAAAAAAUAACGUAAGAUAAUAAUCGAUCAGUGAUGAAGAGUGCAUACUUCUGAAAAAUGUUCGAACGUUCUAGCCUGAAACCGCGUGAUGAUUUAUUUCGUGUACAUACUUCAAUAUUAUAAUUAUCAUUAAUGAUUAUUUUCAUCGUUUCCCUUAGGCACUUACUUGGAAUAUUAACCGUAAAUUAAUAGAACUCAGUUCGACGUGUUCCGAUGAAAAGCUCCCUGCGUACCUGAAUAGUCGUCACGUCCUGAAAGCUUCGUUUAAUCUCUUCUAAUUUAAUUUAUACAUAAUGAAAAUUUUCGCUUAAAAAAGUUCGAGACCACAAUCGAUAUUCAUGAAGUUCAUUUUGCAAGGCCAUAUUGAAUCAUUUAUACUUGAUGCAUCCUCCAAAACACAACUGCUUUGUCUAUUUCUAGAAAACGUUGAACUUUGAUAUUGUAGUUUCAUGUGUCUAAACACGCUCGUAACGCCCUGCAAAUAUUUUUCAUCACUAAAGAUCCUUAAGGAUAUGACAAGUAAAAAAUCACAAAAAAUUGUCAUUCAAUAAAAAUACGUUCAAUUCAAAAAAUGGGAAAUCAACUCACAAAUUUUUCAGGGUUCAACUAAUAUCUACAAAGUUUAAUCGUUAUUUAUAAACGCCUAUGAAAAUGCAACAUUGUUUAAGCUACGUGAAUUUCAAUUGAAUCGAUACUUUGAUUAACGUCUCGAAACUUUCUUAAGCUGAAAAAAUGUUAAAUCGAAUGAAACGUACAGCGUUUUUGCGUACGCAACGAGUGAGAAAAACAAAUGACAAAGUGAUUGAACCAAUCUGAGUCGUCGUUAUUGUAUAAAAAAAAAACGUUCGUGGCUCUGACGAAGGCGAUUGAACCUCCGUUAGUGAACGAUUGCGGAAAUGAAUAAUUAGAAACAGGAUUUUCUAAAUUCUAUAAACAAAUUUAUAUAAACUAGGAUAAAGUAACACGAUUGAGGAUCGUCGGAGAAACUUAAUGGUAUCUCUAGCAUAUGCGGUGUAUGGAAUCUGAGCAUAAACAAGAGGGAAAGAGAGAGAGAGAGAGAGACGGACAAGAAUAUAGAAUGCGAUGCACCAUGCGAUAAUCAUUCGAUAGCGCGUGGUAACCAAAGUUGUAGUGUUUUAAGUUUCAGGCCUAGAAAUAGAACAAGUGGAGGACUUAUUGUAUAAUCCGACGAGUACAGUGUGGACUAUAUACAUAUAUAUUUAAAAAACAAACAUAAUUACUAAAGGAAAGAGAAAAAGAAAAGAAAAGUUAAAAAUAAUAAGGGUAUUAGACUAAGUGAUCGCUCAGUUACCAAAAGUGUUGUUCGUACAGGAAAUAGGAACCAAUCACUUUAUUUUUCUAAUGAAAUAUUAACACUUAUCGAUGAUUAUUAUUAAUUUAUACAUCUGUCAUACCUCUCUGCGCAGAUGUACUCCGGAACCAAUAAUUUUUCGCAGAUCGAUCCAUCUCUUCGUAUUAAUAUAUAUAUUCACAUUUAUUCUAAUCUUUUUGUUGUAAUGCGUGCCUCUUUCUCGUUCUUUCAUCUUUCCGUUUAGCUCGACUUUGCACCGAGUAUUAUAUUCACAUCGCAAAAGUCCUUAUCGAGCAUUUAUAGGUAGGCUAAUUGUUGUGCUGAGUUUUUUGUGCUAUGAACACUCUCUCUCUCUCUCUCUCUCUCUCUUUCUAUAGACGAAAUUUAAAAGAACGAAUGCUGAAGAAAAAAUAAUCCAGAUAGCCAAGUUAAUGAGCUUCCAGUCAUCACUGCCGAUUAAUUUUCAUUUUUCUGUUACACCGAUAAGGAGAGUUUAAACAAUACUUUCGUUCUUACGUACAUCAAGAUUCACUUCCGUGUUACUGAUAAUAAUAAUAACAAUAAUCUGAUGAUUUAAUGAAAAACGAGAAUGAAUUUGGCUGUAUUUUUAUUCUUGAAAACUUUCAAUGAACAAUUAUGUUGUUCUUUACGCUGAAAAAUAGUAUUUGAAUAUUUUUCAAUAUUUAUUACUUUUGCAUAUCCGACAAUGACAUUCCGUUGAAAUUCAUUACCCUUCGCAAUGUUUAUCACAAAUUCAACGUCAACUCGAAAACUAUUUUUUGAUUUUGCCAGGCUUCUCGGUACGGCUUUUUUCAAUCGUGACAUUAAAAGCAUAUUCCUGCAACAACGUACCGCAUUUUGAGGUUUCAUGAAGUCCGUUAGCCAAGCACUUCAAAGUUUCGAAGCCUAUUUCUUACUACCACAUCACAUAUGAUUGUACUUUUUUUCCCAGCAGAGUUGCCGAUGCGUUAUUACGAACAAUUAAAACGUUUGAUUUAAAUAUUCCACGCACACGAGAAAGCGGUAAAAGUAGAGCGAAUCACCAACUUUGUUCAAUUGUAAAUAAAAUCAUAUAUUUUCAAGUCAAAAAACACAUUCUCACAUCCAAACGAACAUUUUUCGAAGAAUUAUUUCAGUUGUGCUGUCCAAACGUUUUUUCCGGGUACUUGUGUGAGUUGUUUCGCGUAAAGAGGCACUUUUAUUCAACAAUAAUAAAUUGUGACCUUCAAAUGGAAUUGAUGCAUCGAACACAUUUAUUCAAUUUUGAAACGCGAGUCUACGAGCAAUGAAAAAUGUCCCUUUUCGCUCUGCUUUCACAGCUCCGAGAUGGAUGUGGAUGCCCCAAGCUAGAAAAUAUUCCAUUGUAAACAUCACAUGAGUUACUUUGUUAAAGACCGAAAUGAAGUGGUAAAAGCGAUCGAAAAUAAGAGGACGAAAAGACGAAUGAAAGCAUAUACACUGCCUUAUUUAUUUUAAACCAAUAUAAGGAACACUCUCUUGUCAUAUACAUACAAACACAAAAACAAGAAUUGUCGUAAAAUAAAAAGAAAAUUUGAUAAUUCA